GAAGUGUUCUACGAGCUGCUGCCGCUAGAUGGCGACAGCUGGGAAGUUGUUCACGUGUGUGUUCCUCCAACAGCAAAACAAUGAGAGCGAUCGUGCAGAGGGUUACCAAGGCGACUGUGACAGUGGGAGAGGAGCAGGUCAGCUCGAUAGGCCGAGGACUGUGUGUCCUGCUGGGUGUGUCUGUGGAGGACACCCAGAAGGAUGCUGACUACAUAGUACGCAAGAUCCUGAACCUGCGGCUGUUUGAAGACGAGAACGGCCGAGCCUGGAGCAAAAGCGUCAUGGACAGGGACUUCGAGGUGCUGUGUGUGAGCCAGUUCACUCUGCAGUGUAUACUAAAGGGCAACAAGCCAGACUUCCACUCAGCCAUGCCUGCAGAGCUGGCCCAGCCCUUCUACAACAGCAUCCUGGAGAACAUGAGGAGCAUCUACAAGCCAGAGCUGAUCAAGGACGGGCAGUUUGGAGCCUACAUGCAGGUCAACAUACAAAAUGAUGGACCUGUAACCAUUGAACUGACUUCACCUGCUGGUCCCAAAGACGCCAAACUGCUGUCAAAGCAGGAAAAGCAGCAGCAGAGGAAAGAGAAGACGCGCUCCAAAGGCCCCUCAGAGUCAGGCAGGGAGAAGAGCGCCCUACGUUCCCGACAGGACCCGAACGCCAGUAGUGGAGCAGAGGGUGACGUGUCCUCAGAGAGGGAGCCCUAGUUAUCGUACCGGGGACAUGACGGUGAUCCCAGUUUCCUCAGGAAGGCCUUAAUCCUCAGUGACUUACACCUGAUUGUGGACCGUCCUCCUUCCUCUUUGGAAAUCAGCAGAAUUAUUUUGACCUGUAACAGAACAUCGUCACCUCACUUGUGUCCUUGGUCUCUCGUCUUGGGGAUCAGAUAAGGCCGGCUAGGUGUAAACACAGGAACAAAGAGGAUGUGAGAGGGAUGGAACAGACCUAAACAGCUUUCUGUGCUCUCCUUCUGUCUCUUUCCUUCUGCUUUUCAGUCCACAUUGCUUUCUCUAUCUGUCUUUCUCUGUCCAGCUUUCUCCUCAGAUUCUUUCUACUUGUCUCACUCUCUGCCGGCUGUCCCCACCUAAUCUCUUCUUAGGGAUAUGGCACCCGACCCUGAAGCAUAGCUCAGCUCCAAGUCCUUUGCUUAGAGAACGUCAAAAGGUCAUUAGGACAGUGAUAAUGUAACAGCCUUGCCAUAUUGAUUAAAGAAUUGACUGGCAUAGCUUCAUGUGUGUGAUCGAUUUUAAAAGGUUAUUGUACCCUUAUUAACAGACAAUGUUUUAAGGUCCAACGGAACUGGCUCCUGCACAUGUUGACUCUGUAAACUACAUGCUCUGUUCUGUUUUUUGAGAGAAACAUCUGUAGGUAAACACAACAAAUAUUUGAUUGGUAGACACAUAGACUGUAUAUAUAAAUGGACAAUGUCUCCACUUGGUACCACUAGAAGCCAUAAUAUCCUGGAUAUGAACAUUGCGCUCUAAUGCCGAUGGCAUCAUCUGAAGCCAGGUGGAGUUGCAGUAUUGAAGUCCUGCCAAUCAUGACAUGUUAGACCCUGCUAUUGUAGCAUUAAGGAACAGAUUAAAAGUUUUUAACUGAAUUACUUAAAAUGACAGAAACCAUCUUAAGAAAAAUUGUAUUUGACAUGUACUCCCAUCCACUAACAUGGAGGAGGCAGGGGUAAUGACCUAUACUGCAGCCAGCCACCAGGGGGCGAUCAAGGAACUUUGGCUUCAGUUUUGGGGGAGUGGUCUUCGAUGUCUUCAAUCUUUUUAUACAGUCUAUGGUUAGACACAGCACAACAAGCAAAAAGCUUUCAACACCAACCCACAUUAGCGUUCAAACUAAUGUAUCCUUCUGGUCCUACAAGCAUGGGCACAUGUUUUUUUUUGGUUUACCUUACCUUGCUUAGUUAGUUAACAAUCACCAGGACAGUGCACUGCUAACAUUAAUUUGCAGGCAAGCAAGAUAGCCGAAUAGCUUAGAAACUAACAGCAGGCAUCAACAUCAGAUAAGUUAGAUGCUAUUGGGUGUGUCCUCGCUUGUUAACGACAGUAACUAGGCCAAAUUUGUUUACUAGGGUUGUUUGUACACUGGCUCAGGUGUCAGUCAACCCUACACAUCCAGAAAACCAAAAGCUAAACGAGAUUUUUUUUGAUCCCCUUACAGAAUGAUGGUUUUGACUGCAGGGAGGGACAGGGUCAGGUCAAGCAGCUGAGUGACUGUGAGUGAGUUUGUUUCGAUCACUUGUAUUCUACCUGGGGAGAGGAGCCAGCUGUGCUUCACAUUCAGUGUGACUGGGCACACACACAAACACAUCAUCCAGUUUUUACUACUGUAAUGCUUGUGCUUGUUAUGCUGUCCUGCUGUCACUCGACAGAUCUGAAUGUACGUUUUAUUAUUUUAUAAAGACAUCAAUAGACAAAA